AUGGCGCUGGAGGCUAGAGAAGAAGUAGGUGAAGAUGGUGGCGAUGUGCCGGAGGAAACGCCGCCGGCGGCCGGCGGCGACUCGUCCGGCGAGUUCGGGCUGCUCUACUCCGCCGAGGAGGUCAUCACCGGUCGGACGGACGUCGUCUUCAAGCGCGAUCACUGCAGAAAGGAAACUAUAGGCCGAGAGCUCGAGCGAGCUUGCGAUUCAGACUUGAAGGAGAAAUUGAGGGCCAAGAAAGAUUCUUUCGCCGCGUUCGUCGCACCGGUCGUUCUAUCUAUGAUCGCGUACGAGCAACUCCACAGGAAGAAAGCUUGUGAAUGCGAGGUGUUCCUGAGUUUCAGCGGCAAAGGUGCUCUGAAGAAUUUCGCCGAUAGCCUCUACAAAGGCAUGGUCGACGCCGGGAUCGGUGUAUUCAGAAACGACUAUUGGCUCCCCCGACACGAGAAGAUUGGGUUGAAAGCCAUCAAGAGCAGCAAGAUUUCAAUCCUGAUUCUGUCUCGAAAGUACGAUUCCAGCAGACGGUGCCUCGAUGAACUGGUUCAGGUAAUGAAGUGCACGAAUGAUAGCUCGGGGCAUGUAGUCUUGCCCAUAUUUUACAGAGUGAAACCCGCUGACGUCCGAUGUGAAGUAGAUGUUUGUGACCCAAUGGUUGCGGAGGAACGGAAACAAGUGCUCAAAGAAAUCAGCUCCUUGAAAGGAUGGGAAUCGGAUGAAAUCGCUGCUGGGGAUGAAGGACAAUUAGUCGAAUCGGUCGUCCGAAAAGUUUUGAUAGAGUUGAAGAAAGCACUUGAACCAGUUAUUACUGAAAAUUCAGUUGGGAUUAAAAGUCCCCUAGAAAAAAUUAUGAAAUUUUUAGAUAGUUGUAGUUCUACCCAAUAUGUUGGAAUCCAUGGAGAGGGUGGUGUUGGUAAGACAACUCUUGCUAAAAUCAUCUACAACAAGCUCUCUCAACGGUUCGACCAUUGUAGCUUCAUCCCCAAUGUUGCGGAAUCAUGGAAAUGCAAGGGUAUUGAAUAUUUACGGAAUCAAUUAAUCUUGGAUAUACAAAAAAAAAUAGAGCAUGGUAAUGAGCAACUAAGUGCUACCAUCUCAUCGACCUUUAGAAACACGGAAGUCCUUAUUCUUCUUGACGAUGUGAAUACUAAUCAUCAAUUAAAGGAGUUAGUUGGAGAUCGGAACUGGUUUGCUCCACGAAGCAGAAUCAUUAUUACCACAAGAGAAAAGAGUAUUCUUGAUUGGGCUAAAGUGGACUACAAGCACGAGCAUAAAGCAAUGGAAAUAGAUGAAGCUGAGAUCCUCUUUGCUAGACAUGCAUUUCGAAUGGACUCUCUACCUGAUAAAUUUUCAAAACUCUCUUGUGAAGUGCUAUCUACUGUUCGUAGGCUUCCUUUGAUUGUUGAGGUUAUAGGUUCGUAUUUAUGUGGCAAGAGUAAAGCAUUAUGGGAAGAGACUAAAGAAAAGUUGCAAGAGUCGCAAGAGUUGCCUCGGAAGGAAAUGCAAGAGAUUCUGGAGAUACUUUAUAACGCAUUGAAAUUUGAACAGAAGAAAAUAUUUCUGGAUAUUGCUAGUUUUCUAGUCGGGAGUGAUGUGAGAACUGCAUCCUGUAUGUGGGACACCAGUGACUUCUAUUUGGAGAUUGAAGAACUGAUAUUUAUGUCUUUGAUAAAAAUUGGAGAUAAUCAUGAGCUUAGAAUGCAUGAUGAAGUGAGAGAUUUUGGUAGGAGUAUUGUUCGUGAAGGACGUUGCAAGGAGGCUGACAAUGGCCGUAUACUGUGGGACUCCGAGGAAUUUUUAAAAAUUCUAGACGAAAAAGAGGUAGAGAAUUUUGCUGUAAAGGAAUUAGCCGUACUGGAUUUCUCGAGAAGCAUGAUUUCUGAGGACUGGGAAGGAUGGAAACUUAUCAAGGUUGCGGUUCUUUAG